AUGUCUGAGGUAACCGCAACUACAGAUAACAAAGUGAAGAAACCAGUUCAUCGUUCUAGAUCUUGGAAAAAUGAGAAAAGAGGAAAACUUUUUUAUGAUUGUCAAAAAAGUAAUAAAGAUUGUGACAAAAGAUCAAAAAAUUCUAAGUCAGUCACUACAUCACCGUGUCGACCAACUGAUCAAAACUUUUAUAAUAGCCAGAUACACUCGGAUUUAGAUUUUCAUUCUGGUGAUAUCAAGCCAACCCAUUAUCCUGGCGUUCUUUCCCCUGAAGCAAUCUCUUCCAUGUCAACACUAUGUGCUCAAACUCCAUCCACAUCACCUUCGUGGUUUUAUCGCUCCAGUAGUAGUUGUAAGCUGAUGACAGGCAAAAAUUUGGAUACGCUAAAAUCUCCGUUAUAUUUAUCACCUACUUCGAAGACAGUCUCACCGACAGUCAAUUCACCUGGUGGUUUCUUUACAACAAACACUCAGAAUAAAUCACAUCAAGAGGAGAGCGGUUGUCCAGUAAAGAAUUCCCCUCAAACAGAUUCAACAGUUUGUCAUGGAAAUUACAGUGGAAGUGGAACUUCAUCAUUUAUGACUAAUCUGAAGGUUGCUUUCAAUCGAUUUUUUGAUAAUAUACGUAACAAGAAUAACAAUAUUCCCAGUAAUAAUAAUAAUAAUAACACUAACAGUAACAAUAGUGAUAACAAUACUAAUGUCACCCCCUCACGAAAACAAAGUAAGCUACAUUUACCGUCACUGGUAAAAUCCACAGUCCAACAGUUCAGUCCAAGUUCACAGCCUUCACCAACAUCACCUUUUGCUGUUAGCUCGAUUGUUUGUAGUUCAUCCGCUGAAAGCGAAUUUCAAGGCGAUUUCAAGUGUAGACGACCUGAUUCUUUAUGUAAGUCAAAAUCAAGUGUUUAUUCACCGGAUAAAAUGUCAAGUGGAGAAAAUAAUACAGAUGAAAAUAAAUGUGAUAAUACAAAAGAAUUAAAAGAAACUGAACUUCUAGCUCGAACCCUAUAUGCAACAGUAUCUCGUGAGAUUGAAAUUGAAGCUAAAGAAAAGAGACGAAGACAACAUCAUUCUUCUGUAGGAUCACGUCCAUCAUCCCACUUCACUUGUUGUUACCAUGUUCGUCCAUAUGAUAACAGGUCAAAUCAUUCAAGUGCAGAUAGUCCUAAUCAGUCAUAUACCGAAAAGAAGGUUUCACCUGGUUCAUCAUAUCAUACAGACAAGCUGGGAGACGGUAUCAAUAUCCAUAAUAAUGAUAGUAACAAUCAUAACUACGAUAAAAUGAAAUAA